CAGUUUCAACCUGCUUUGUCAUAAAUGUACAAACGUUUGAACUUAGAGCGCAGCCCCUCUCCGAGAGCGCAGAAGCGGCCAGGACAUUGGAGGUACCCGUACUCCAAAAAAGGGUCACGGAAAAGGAGUUUUCUUGACCAUGCCUAUAUGGUGCGGGGGGGUGGGGGGGAACAGGAUUGGAAUCUUUUUCUCUGUGAGUCGAGGAGAAACGACUGGAAAGAGCGUUCCAGUGGUUGCAUGUGUCUCCCCCUUGAGUCCCGCCGCGCGCGGCGGCUUGCACGCUGUUUGCAAACAUAAGAACAUUCUGUGCACAAGUGCAGAGAAGGCGUGCGCGCUGCCUCGGGACUCAGACCACCGGUCUCUUCCUUGGGGAAGUGGGGAUUUCUUGGAGCGAGUUACAUUCUCUGAAUUUAGAGGCGGAGGGCGGCGUGCCUGGGCUGAGUUCCCAGAAGGAGAUUGCGCCCGCUUUAACUUCGGGGAUAAGCGCCUGGUGACUGUUCUUGACGUUGGGUGCGUGUUUAUUAAACUCUGUGCGGCCGACGGAGCUGUGCCAGUCUCCCAGCACAGUAGGCAGAGGGCGGGAAAGGCGGGUGGACCCACCGCGCCGAUCCUCUGAGGGGAUCGAGUGGUGGCAGCAGCUAGGAGGUGAUCCGCCCGCGCGCUUUGGGUUUGAGGGGGAAACCUUCCCGCCGUCCGAAGCGAAGCGUGUCUCUUCCCCACGGCCGCGAGUGGGUCCUGCAGUUCGAGAGUCUGGGAUCGUGCAGAGGUCAGCGGAGUGGUUUGACCUCCCCUUUGACACCGCGCAGCUGCCAGCCCUGGAGAUA